CCCACCGCUGGUUGCUGGUGGAACAUUGCACAUAUGGGUUGUCUGGUGGCUGGCAGGUGGGUUGUGAGCACACAGGUUCCUGCGGACCCUGAGGGUUAUGAGAGCAUGGUGCUGCCUCUCUUGCACCCAGGGCAUUGGGGCUGACCCUUUCACCUCCCGCUGACCCUCUCACCUCCCGCUCUGCUGCACCAUGGGGAUGGUUAUGUGCCGCUGCCUUUGGAAGCUAAACUUGUGUUCUGUCAGCCACAGCACAGGGAUGUAGCUUCAGGAGAAGGAUCACGUUGCCACCAGGCUGCCGACUACUUCUUGGCACUGCAGCAGUGUGUCACUUUCCCUUUUGCUUAAGCACAACAGUAGCCUGGAUCCGCUCCCGCUCGUAGUGACAACGAUGCAGCUGUGUCCAGAUGUCUUGUGCUGGGAACAAGCUUUACAAUCAACUAUCUUCAUUGACAGAGGAUGUGGCUGAACUGUUUGCCUGCGGAAAAACUUCCAAGGCAGCGUAGAUCUUUAGCUUCGAGCCCUUCGUUGCUUCCCUCUGGCACUGCCUCAUGACAAUCAUAGCUUAUCCUUUGUACAGGAGAAAUGCAAGGAUAUAUUAAAUGUUGCAGUACCGAGUGAACUCGGAAGCUUGCGCUUUAAAGGGGGAAGUGCUGUGAACACCACUACUGGCUGUAGAAAAAUGGACAUGUUGCAGAUACUGCGUAAAACCACAGAGCGCUUAGAGUGCGAUCACUGCAGCUUCAGAGGAACGGACUAUGAAAACAUACAAAUUCACAUGGGCACUAUACACCCAGAGUACUGUGAUGAGAUGGAUGCUGCUGGCUUGGGUAAACUUAUAUUUUAUCAAAAAAGCGCAAAACUGUUUCACUGCCACAAGUGUUUUUUUACCAGCAAGAUGUAUUGCAAUGUGUAUUACCACAUCACAGCACAACACGCAGCACCGGCAAAAUGGAAUGAGAACAGGAAAGAACAGGUAGAAGGAGAUUCCGAUUCCUCCAAAAAGGGUGGCAUGUCAGAGCCACAGAAACCUACCCUUUCCCCCGAGUCCCGCAAAGCUGCCCUUUCUCCUGAACUCCCCAAAUCUGAACCUGUUGUUUCCCCCAAGCUUCAGAAAUCAUCAGGGUCUCCAGAGUCCCAGAGGUCAGCUCAGGGUACUUCCUCAGACCUGGAGAAGUCAGCCCAGGCCCCGUCCCCAGAUCCAGAAAAGUCAUCCCAGGCUGCAUCUCCAGAUCCAGAGAAGUUAGCCUCAGCUGUGUCCCCUGACUCAGAGAAACUGUCCCCUGCUGUGUCCCCAGACCCACAGAAGCCAGUCUCUGGUGUUUCCCCAGACCCACAGAAGCCAGCCCCUGCUGUUUCCCCAGACCCUCAGAAACCAGCCCCAGCAGUGUCACCAGAGCCCCGCCGCCACUCCCCAGCGGUGUCACCAGAGCCCCGCCGCCACUCCCCAGCAAUGUCACCUGAGCCCCGCCGCCAUUCCCCUGCCGUGUCACCAGAGCCCCGCCGCCAUUCUCCCGCUGUGUCUCCAGAGCCCCGCAGGUACUCCCCAGGUGUGUCCCCAGAGCCAAAGAAACCUCCUCCAGCCGUGUCCCCAGAACCACGAAGGUAUGCCCCGGCUGUGUCUCCAGAGCCCCGGCGGCACCCUGCUCAAACGCGCAGGCCUGCUUCGGCUUCCUCUCCUGAAAGCCGGAGGCCUGCUCCCGCAGUUUCACCGGAGUCAUGGAGACCUGGUCCCACUGCUUCCCCCGAACACUGGAGAUCUACACCUCAUGAGAUGCAGAAGUCUUCUACUGUUUCUCCCUGGGCUUCAAAGCCCUCCAUGUCCAUAGAGUCCCGGAGGUCUGUCCCCGAGUCCCGAAGGUCUGGCCCUGGUGCAUUGCCAGAGCCUAGGAGACUUGUUUCUGACUCGUGGAAAUCUACGUCCUUUUCUGAAUCCCAGAAGUCCACUCUUGUUUCUUCUGAGCCAUGGAAACCCAUCUCAUCUGUUUACCCUGAAGGCUGGAAACCUGUUCUGUCCCCCGACACGUGGAAGCAUUCUCCCUCUGUUUCUCCUGAGCUUCGGAAGUCUAGUCAUGCUGUUUCAUCUGACUCUUGGAAGCCUUCUUUCUUCUCUGAGGUUCGUAAGCCUUCUGCUUCGGUGUCUCCUGAAUCUUGGAAACUCUCUGAGUCACGGAAAUCUAUGUUUUUUUCUGAAUCUCAGAAGUCCACCUCUGCUGCUUCCUCUGAGGUUCAGAAACGGGGCCAUUUCUCUGAACAUCGGAAAAGAGCUCUGUUCCCAGAGUCACGUAAAUCUAAUCCUGCUGUUUCUACCGAUGUCCAGAAACGUGCUGUCUUUUCUGAACCUCAGAAUCAGGUGUCUACAUCUGUUGCUUCUGCUGAAGGCCAUAAACAUGCCUCAUGUUCCGAAGCCCAGAAGUCAGCUCUUGUUUCUUCUGAGGUCCAGAAGCAUGCUCUAUUUUCUGAAGCCCAUAAACUUGCUCCCAUUUCCCCUGAAAUUCAGGAGCAUGCUUCUUUUCCAGAGUCUCAGAAAUCAACUUCUCCUGAAAUUCACAAACAUGGCCUCUUCUCUGAGACCCAGAAACAGUCUUUUUGUGUUUCUUCAGAAACCCCCAAACAAGGUAUUUUUACUGACUCCCAGAAAUCUGCUGUAUCCCCUGAUAGUCAAAAGCAAGCUGUAUUUUCUGAGAUGCAGAAACCUGCUGCUUCUUUGUCUUCUGAUAUCCAGAGACACCCUGAAACUACUGUACCUUCUGAAAUCCAGAAAAACAUGCUGUUUUCCGAGUCUCAUAAGUCUGUUGCAGGUUUUUCCUCUGAGCCCCAGACGCCUAGUGAGUCUGGUGAGAGUGACUUUCUUUCUCAAAGUUUAGAUGAUCAGAAACCACUGGAUGACUUGUUUUCACAGGAUGAACAAUCCAUGUUAGCCAAAGAAUCACCAGAAGACAUGUUAUACUCGUGCCCGAAAAAGAAGCCCAGGAAGGAAAACCAGGAGAACUCGGAUUCGGAACUAAACAGCAGCGAGUGUGGAAAAACAGAGAUGGACUCGAUGGAUAUGAAGGAGCAAGAAUCCAACAGUGACCAAGAGCAGUAUGAUAUGGAAUCGUCUGAUUACAGCAAAGAGAGCAAGAUGGAUGCAUCUACUCCCAUUCAGCCGCAGUGCGUGCUGCAGUUUACCGAAGAGAAAGAGGCUUUCAUUUCUGAGGAAGAAAUAGCAAAAUACAUGAAGCGUGGUAAGGGAAAGUAUUACUGCAAAAUUUGUUGCUGUCGUGCAAUGAAAAAAGGUGCUGUCUUGCAUCAUUUAGUCAACAAGCAUAAUGUUCAAAGCCCGUACAAAUGCAAAAUAUGUGGCAAGGCUUUUCUCUUGGAGUCUCUUCUUAAAAACCACGUUGCUGCUCAUGGUCAAAGUUUGUUGAAGUGUCCACGGUGUAAUUUUGAAUCAAAUUUUCCCCGAGGCUUUAAGAAACAUUUAACCCAUUGCCAAAGCCGUCAUAGUGAUGAUGCACCUAAAAAACAUUUGGACAGCCUUGAACCACUUGAAGAACAAAUUUAACGUGUUUUUUCCCUUGUGCUAGAAAAGCGGAAUUUACAAAAGUGUUCCAAAAGUGUUGCUGUAUGUUAACCGAGUAGUUUAGCUGAUCUGACAAGUCAGAAGAUGCAUGGUUUAUUGUACUAUGUUUAACUUGUCUUAUAGCUGUUUUACUGAAAUGAUUUACAAAUGACAAGAGUCAUUUUAAAUACAUGUUCAUGUCUUUUUAUUACCCAUCAGUAGAGUCAUUUUAUUUUUUGGGAUGUACUAUGUUUUUGAAACCAAAAUGGAUACAAUUAGUUUUGUAAAGAUUUGUAAAACAUACAGGCAAUUAAGGACUGGAGUGGCAAGGAACCCUUAUAUUUCCAUGAAGAAUGAACAUGUUUUUUCACAUUUGUUAAAUGUCUUAUUUUUUAAAAUGUUUUUAUCAAAUUCUUAAAAUGAAAGUUCUUACCAAACUAAAUGUGAAUGAGCCAGGCAUGAGUAACUACCAACUGUUCGGGAAUGAUUCUGCUCUGAGGUUGUAAUUGAGUGUAUAGUCAUUUGUGGGAAAUUUCUUGCACUCAAUUCUUUGUCUUUUCUCAGAUUUUGAAGCAUCAUGGUACUGAUUGUGAUUCUGUAUUUUGACCAUGUUUGAAGCAUGUACUAAUACACAUUAAAUUGAUGAAUUAACGUCAAACUGUAUAGCUCAACAUUUUCUCUUAAUAAUUCAGAUGUUUGUAACGUCAGAAAAAAAUUAAAUUCUUGUAUCUGGUGAAAUGUAAUGCUUUAAUCUUUUAAUAAUAAAAAAACAAAACAC